AUGGCGGCAGAGGAGGGAUCCUCAGAGCUGCAGCUCACUGACGAGCAUACUCAGCUUCGUUUUGAUGGAGGGGACUAUCUCGAUCUUGACGCCGCUGCCUUGGAAAGCUACCAGCCUUCGCUGUCAGCAAAGCUCCUGAGCGAGUUCCUCGGCGUCUUCAUGCUCGUUCUGACAGUCGGCCUAAACCUUGUGAAUGGCUCCCCAGCGACAGCGUGGUCGGCAGCGGCAGCUUUGAUGUGCAUGAUCUAUUGUCUGGGAAACAUCUCCGGAGCUCACCUCAAUCCUGCUGUGACCAUGGCUGUUGUGGCCAGUGGCCGAAAGCUCUGUCAUCACUCUGAAGGUGUUGCUUACGCUUCCACGCAGCUUCUGGCAGGAACUGUCGCAGGUUUUGUUUACAGCAUGUACCAUGCUGCCGGGCCGAAGAAGAGGGAUUUCAUUGGGCUUGGGCCUGGCCCCGGAUCGGACUACACCUUGACGCAGGCUGGCCUCGUGGAGCUUUCUGCGACUUUGCUUUUGGCCUACGUCGUGCUCAGCUGCGCCACAGUCCCUCCAGCCGGGGGCGAUACGAAGACCAAGAACAGCUUCUACUUCGCCUUGGCCAUCGGGUCGUGUGUUACGGUUGGUGGCUUUGCCAUCGGCGCAGUGUCCGGAGGCGAGCUGAAUCCCGCAGUGGCCCUGGGCAUCACAGCUGCCAGCGGAAUGCAGCAUCCAGCCGACACGGUGGACCACUCCUUCUCCAACUUCGUCCGCCUCGGGAUUUGGGAGAUGACGGGGGCUUUCGUCGCAGCUGCCUUCUUCAAGAUCAGUCACAGCAAGGCGAUGGGCACAGGGGAGUCGGAGCAGCUUCUCCAAAGGCUGAGGGCCGUAUACCGUGGCAACGAGAACAGAGUGGGCGAGCUCUCCGACGCCAUGAUGCGGGGCAUCCUGCAGCUCACGCCGUGGCUGGUGCAGGUCCCUCCACUGCGAAGAGAGGGCUGCUGGCAGCAGAGCGAGGCUCGCAGGCCACGAUCCGUCACGGAGCCGGCGCGGCCUGAGAAGGUCGUGGGAGACGAUUCCUGCGGAACUGUCGGCCGACGUGUCGCCGUAGCGGUGGCGUUCGGCGCCAUGCUGGCACGCCCACGUCGUGCUAUGGCCGUGGCAGCGGCAACCGCAACGGAAGACGAGGUGGUGAAUGUCAUUGAUGGCGACACCGUAAAGCUGAAGCAAGCUGGCCGCUGCCGACUCAUUGGUGUGAACACCCCGGAGACAGUGGCUCCAAGGCAGAAGGAAGGUGCCCCGCCCGACUGCUAUGGGCCCGAGGCAUCGGCUCUGACCAAGGGCCUGCUACCGCCGGGCAGCAAGGUUCGGAUCGAGUUCGAUGUGGAGCCCAGGGACAAGUAUGGCCGACAACUCGUAUAUGUUUACAGGGCGAACGACGGCCUCUUCAUCAACGGCGAGUUGGUAAAGGAGGGCGCCGCAAGGCGGCUGCGGAUUCCACCCAACGUGCGGUACGACGACUUCUUCACAAAGCUGGAGACCGAUGCGCGGGCGACUCGCAUGGGGCUGUGGAAAUCAUGCCCUGCCGGGGCUGUGGCGCCUUUGAUCGCCAAACCACUUGUGGACCCCAAGGAGCUGAAGAGAACCACAUGCAGGGAUUUCUCCACCUACCAGGAGGCGAAGGCUUGGUUCGACAAGUACUUUCCCCAGUAUGGUGACGUGGCCGGCCUGGACGGCGACAAAGAUGGCAAGCCGUGUGAGAAGCUUCUAAGGAGCAAGCAGCUGCUAAGCUGGAAGGCUCUGCCGCUCAAUGAGCUGCGCAAGGAAUGCCAUGAUGCAGGGAUCUCACACCGCUCGGUGGGCGUCGCGCUCUCCGACGAAGAGAAGAGAGCGGAGCUGGUGGACAGGCUCGUUCUGAGCAGGAUGUUUGAGGAGGUGACUUGCUACAAUCCCAAGGGAUGGUUGCAAGUCAGUUGGACGGGAAGUCUGGCUUCAAGCAGAGCUCGCCUCGGUGUCCGGCUUGCCUCAAGAGGCCUUUGGUACCAUGACGCGCCAGGAGUUGGUGGAGAACAUCAAGAAAGUCUUGCUUUGGAAGGAGUUGCCGCUGGACGACCUGCAAGACGAAUGUUUGCAGCUCUCUCUUUCCUGGAGGGUGGGCCAGGAAGGCGUCUCCGUUCGGCAACAGCACCAAGAGCUUCUGGAACGAUUGGUCAUGGCGACGUGCGCAAGAGCCUGGGAGGCUCAGGGGCUGCCAGUGAAGAGGCUGGGCAGCGCCGAAGCUGCCACAUCAUUGAGGCAACGCUGGCAAGCGCUGGAGGGCCUGGGGGUGGAGGAGCUGCGGCGCGAGUACGCCGCACUCGGACUACCUGCCCGCACAGCCGCGCCGAAGGUCUUAGAUCUUCUGCCCAGGCUUAG